AUUUUGCUUUGUUAUUGUGCAGAUGCAGGUCUUUGUGCUAUUUCAUUCCUAUUUUAACAACAAGUCCUCCUCGCAAAUCUGUGUGUGGGGACUCCUGGGUUCUCGCCCCCAACAAGCCCCUGGCGCUGGUUGGUCCGGUGCAGGGCGCCUCUGUCUCCCGCUGCUGCUGUGCAUCACCCCAUUGCCCUUGACUGCUGGCAGGGGCCGCCGGGACCGGUGACCUUCGAGGAGGUGGCUGUGUAUUUCACCAGGGAAGAGAGGGACGUCAUGCAGGAGAACUAUGAGAAUGUGACUUCGCUGGGGUUUCCCAUUUCCAGACCUGAUGUGAUCUCCCAGCUGGAACAGGGGGAAGAGCCGUGGGUCCCAGACCUCCAGGGUUCAGGGGAAAAAGAGAUCCUAAGACUUCCCUGCACAGCAGGUGAGGUGAUGGUGAGUGAGAAUGAGGUGCAAAAGUCUCAGCAGGAAGAUGCUGCGCAAGUGGAAUCACAUGGAGCAUUAUCGCAAAGAUCCGAAGGGGAUGUGUCCAGGAGUCAUGAGGAGGGACAAUCCUGUGAGAUUCAGCAGACACCAGAGAGAGAGCAGGGAAACCAGCCAGGGGAGAAAUUGGAGAAAUUCAUUUGCUCUCAGGGAACUCACAAGGACCUGAAGGAAACCACAGCCCAGCAGAAAAUCCUCAGGAGAACGAAAAAAAAUACAUGCCCCGAGUGUGGGAAAAACUUUAGUCACUGCUCAACCCUUACUAAACAUCGGAGAACACACAGAGCAGAGAGACCCUUUGAAUGCUGUGAGUGUGGGAAAACCUUCAUUUGGCACUCUCACCUUAUUGCGCAUCAGAGAAUCCACACCAGUGCGAAACGCUAUGAGUACCGUGAGGGUGGGAAAACCUUCACUCCGAACUCAAACCUUAUUGCACAUCACAAAAUCCACACAGGUGAGAAACCUUAUGAGUGUGGCGAGUGUGGGAAAAACUUCACUCAGAGCUCAGACCUUACUACCCAUCAGAGAAUCCAUACAGGGGAGAGACCCUAUGAAUGCCGUGAGUGUAAGAAAAGCUUCAUUAGACGGUCACACCUGAUUACGCAUAAAAGAAUCCACACAGGAGAGAGGCCCUAUGAAUGCUGUGAGUGCGGGAAAAGCUUCACUGCCAGCUCAAACCUUAUUCAGCAUCAGAGGAUCCACACAGGGGAGAGGCCCUAUGAAUGCAGCGAGUGUGGGAAAAGUUUCACUCAGAGCUCAGACCUUACUACACAUCAGAGAAUCCAUACGGGGGAGAGACCCUAUGUAUGCUGUGAGUGCGGGAAAAGCUUCAUUCGACGGUCACACCUGAUUACGCAUCAGAGAAUCCACACAGGUGAGAAACCCUAUGAAUGCUGUGAGUGCGGGAAAAGCUUCACAGCCAGUUCAAACCUUAUUCAGCAUCAGAGAAUCCACACAGGGGAGAGGCCAUACCAAUGUUGCGAGUGUGGGAAAAGCUUCACUCAGAGCUCAGAACUUGCUACACAUCAGAGAAUGCACAAGGGAGAGAGACCCUAUGAAUGCUGUGAGUGUGGGACAAAUUUCACUGACCGCUCCGCCUUUCUCAAUCAUCAGCGAAUCCACACCGGAGAGAGACCCUACGUAUGCUUUGAGUGCGGGAAAACCUUCACUCGGAGCUCAAACCUCAUUACACAUCAGAGAAUUCACACAGGUGAGAAACCCUACGAAUGCAGUGAGUGCGGGAAAAGAUUCACUCACAGCUCAAACCUUAUAACGCAUCAGAGAAUCCACACAGCGGAAAGGCUCUAUCAAUGUGAGUGCGGGAAAAGCUUCACGGAGAGCUCGGCCCUUCUUAAACAUCGGAGAAUCCACGCAGGAGACAAACCCUACAAAUGCUGUGAGUGCGGGAAAACCUUCACUCGGAGCUCCGCCUUUAUCUCUCACGAAAGAAUCCACAUGGGGGAGAGACCCUAUGAGUGCCCUGAGUGCGGGAAAUGCUUCAAUCGCAGCUCAACCCUUAUCAGACACCAGAGACUCCACACGAGGCAGAGACCUUACAAAUGCCCCGAGUGCGGGAAACGCUUUCCUCAGCGCUCAGCCCUUGUUAGCCACCAGAGGAUCCACACUGGGGAGACCCCCUAUCAGUGCUCGGCAUGCGAGAAACGCUUCACUCAGAGCUCAAACCUCAUAGCCCACCAGAGGAUCCACACCGGGGAGCGAGCUUACAAAUGCCAUGACUGUGGGAAAAGCUUCACCAUCAGUUCAAACCUGAUCCGGCAUCAGAGAAUCCACACGGGAGAGACCCCCUACGGAUGCUCUGAGUGUGGGAAAAAUUUCAGUAGCCGCUCAGUUCUUCUUAAACAUCAGAAGAUCCACACAGGAGAGAGACCCUAUGAAUGCCGUGAGUGUCAGAAAAGCUUCACUCACAGAUCAUCCCUUAUUAAACAUCGGAGGAUACACACAGGAGAGAGACCCUAUGCGUGCUGUGAGUGUGGCAAAAACUUCAUUGACAGCUCAGCCCUUAUUAAACAUCAGAAAUUCCAUGCGGGAGAGAGACCCCACGAAUGCAGUGAGUGCGGGAAAAGCUUCACUCAGAGCUCGGACCUCAUUACGCAUCAGCGAAUCCACACAGGAGAGAGACCCUAUGAAUGCAGUGUGUGUGGGAAAAGCUUCACUCAGAGAGCAUCGCUUAUUAAACAUCAGAGAAUCCACACAGGAGAGAGACCCCAUGAAUGCUGUGAGUGCGGGAAAACCUUCACUCAGAGCUCAGGACUUUUUAGACAUCAGAUCAUCCACACCGGGGCGCGAUCCUAUGCAUGCUCUGUGUGUGGAAAAAGCUUCACUCGGCGCUCAAACCUAAUUGUACAUCAGAGAAUCCACACAGGAGAGAGACCCUAUGGAUGCUGUGAGUGCGGGAAAAAAUUCAUUGACAGCUCAUCGCUUAAGAAGCAUCAGAGAAUCCACACGGGGGACAGGCCUUAUGGAUGCUGUGAGUGCGGGAAAACUUUCACUCGCAGCUCAAAUCUCAUUACACAUCAGCGAACCCACACAGGAGAGAGACCCUACGAAUGCUGUGAGUGCGGGAAAAGCUUCACGGACAGCUCUCUCCUUAUUAAACAUCAGAGGAUCCACACGGGGGAGAGGCCCUAUGAAUGUGGUGAGUGUCAGAAAAGCUUCACAGACAGCUCAGACCUUAUUAAACAUCAGAGAAUCCACACCGGAGAAAAGCCCUAUGAAUGUGGUGAGUGCGGGAAAAGCUUCACUGACAGCUCAGACCUGAUUAAACACCAGCGAAUCCACACUGGAGAGAGACCGCAUACAUGCUGUGACUGUGGGAAAAGCUUCACUCAGAGAUCAUGCCUUAUUAAACAUCAGCGAAUCCACACGGGGGAACGACCCUAUGGAUGCGCUGAGUGUGGAAAAAGCUUCACUUGGCGCUCCAACCUUAUUACACAUCAGAAAAUCCACACAGGGGAGAGACCCUAUGGGUGCCGUGAGUGUGGGAAAAAAUUCAUAGACAACUCAGCACUUUUGAAACAUCAGAGAAUCCACAUGGGAGCCAGACCUUAUGAAUGCAGCGAGUGCGGGAAAAACUUCACUCGGAGCUCCAAUCUUAUUAGACAUCAGAGGCUCCACACCUCAUAGAGACACUCUAGAUGCUCUGAGUGUGGGAAAAAUGUCUAUCGUUACUUAUCGGGCCAACCGAUUUUUUUCUGCUGCCCUAGCAUGGUUAGGGGUGAAGGGUUUAACCUUGAACUCUUUUUUUUUUCUUCUUGUUUUAACUUUUUCUUCAACCCUUUUCAGACUACGACUUUUUCGAAUUGCAUCCACUUUUGCUUUUUUAACAUGGCUUGAGAGCCCAGCUUUGUCUUUUACAUUCCCCGUGAUCUGUGUCGGUUUUAUUUGGGGAUUUUUUUUAGUCAGGCUGUAACUUUUUUUUCCCCUUUGCUUUUUAUUGUUUGCUGUUUUAAUUUAGACAGUUCUUGCCUCAGCCUGUGACAUUUUUGCUUACUAGGACAUACCUACUUUUCCUUUGCCAUGAUUUGCGUGGCCUGAGUUACACGGGUGAUGCGGAGGGUAUUUGGAUUUGACUUCAGGCUUAUUUUUUCCUUGACCAGGCUACCAGCCUGAGCCCUGAGUUCCAGUAAUGGAAUGUAUUCGUAAAUCGACUUGUUGACUAUGUCACAGGGAAAUUACAGGUUGCUACCCUACCCUGCAGUUCUUCCCUUUUGCACAGGAAACCAACCAACAAACCAUUUGUGCCAUCAUCCCCUUCUCUCCACCACUCCUGGUUGGCUUGCCAAAUCUGUUACUCACGGGUUUUAGAACCCAAAGCACUGGUAACUCAACUGGUUCUU